AUUUAUUGAAAUUUGACUUUUAGCAAAUGACAAGGUUAUAAAAAGUUUCAAUUCACCUUCAAUAGUUCGUUAGAAGACUUCAAUAUUUCCAAAUUUCCGAUUUUCAAUUUACGAAAUACAAUGGCCAAGUACAAGGUAGUGAUGGUUAGACACGGCGAAAGUGAAUGGAACCAAAAAAACUUGUUCUGCGGAUGGUAUGAUGCUUCGUUAAGCCCCAAAGGUGAAGAGGAAGCAGCAAAUGCUGGUAAAGCAUUGAAACAAGGCAAUUACAAAUUUGACCUGGCACACACAUCUGUAUUAAAGAGAGCACAAAACACGCUGGGUGCAAUAUUGAAAGAACUUGGCCAAGAAGACAUUCCGAUAUCUAAAACUUGGCGUUUGAAUGAAAGACAUUAUGGUGGCCUUACUGGAUUGAACAAAUCUGAAACUGCAGCCAAAUAUGGUGAAGCACAGGUUCAAAUAUGGAGACGCAGUUUCGACACUCCUCCACCUUCCAUGGAUACAGACCAUGCAUACUAUGAUCAAAUCGUAAAUGACCCUCGUUACAAAGAUGAACCUUCAAAGGAAGAGUUUCCUAUGUUUGAAUCAUUGAAAUUGACGAUUCAAAGGACAUUGCCUUACUGGAAUGAUGUUAUUAUUCCCCAGCUAAAAGAAGGAAAACAAAUAUUAAUAGCUGCUCAUGGAAACAGUCUUAGAGGAAUAGUCAAACAUUUAGACAAUUUGACUGAAGACCAAAUCAUGUCUCUUAACUUACCUACUGGUAUACCAUUUGAAUAUGAAUUAGAUGAGAACUUUAAACCUGUGGUUUCAAUGAAGUUUUUGGGUGACGAAGAGACUGUAAAAAAGGCAAUUGAAGCUGUUGCUGCACAAGGCAAAGCAAAAUAAUCGUUGAAAAAAAAAUAAACCUAAUCAACUAAAAAAAAAUUUAAAUACUUAUUAGUAGCAUAAAAUAUUUUGAAAUGUAUUCUUUACAUAGUAUGUUGUUAAAUUAUUUAUGGAACUAUUAGGUAAAUAUAAAACCAUUUAUACACUAGAUGCAGUUAAAAAGUAUUUUUAUGUAUACAGAGUACAGGUAGUAUACAUAUUGGUUAUAUUGUGAAAAUAUUGAAGUAUCAUAAAUUAAAAUUUAGUGAGCCUUGAAUGUAA